GGUGAUCCAUGAUACUCUAAACUUGGCAGUGAGACUGUAGAUCCUCUAAGGCCACUGCUUAGUGUGAUGUCUGUCAGGUCAACAGCAACUAGGCAAUAUGGAGACCUGUGAACUUAGAAAACCAGGUGCCUCAAAGUCCCUGAGAGUUCCCACUUCAACUAUCCCAGCUCUCUUAGAUUCCACUUGACUCUGUGUUCUAACCUGCAGUUUGAAAUUUAUGGCCAUAGACCCAAUCCCAGUUUAUGACAGUGACCGGCUCCAAAGAAAAUGUGAGUCAGAACAAGUCAUUUUGGAAGACCUUUGAAACUUUACCUCGCCACUCCUUCCUUAGUGACGAGUUUGUCUGCCUGGACCCUAGAAGAUUCAUAGAUGGAUUCUUCCCUGAGCUUUGGCUAUUAGAGCUCAGAGCCAAGGUCAAGGUCAGCCACAGGGAAGGGCAUCAGCUGGGACCUGAGUGUACACUGGCUUUACCUGAUACUGUCUAUUGUGAUGUCAUGGAAUCUCAGUCUAGAGACAGACACUCAGUAGUUGAGAGGGGCAUAGGCUUGAGAAAUGUCCCUAAUAUGGGGGCUCGCUUUCCCCCUGCCGACAGAUCUCAGCCUUACGCUACUCGGUUUCUUUGUUUAUGGAAUAUGGGUGCUGUUUUCUUGGUAUCAGAGCCAGACAAAGGUGGCAGCCAAGAAAGAGACUUCCAAGCAACAAAACAGAUCUCUAAGACAGAUCCGGAAACUCAGAGUUUCACGGUUGGAAGAAACAGAGAUGAACGUCAGUGUAGCUGAUCUGACACGUAUUUCAGGACUUCCUACUGACUGGACCCAGGAAUAUGUAUACUGGUCAAUAGAAAGGAGUCUUCGACAGAUCUUCCAACAUCUGGAUAAUGCAAGAUCAACACUUAUGGAGCUGAAUGUUUCAGAAUCCCAAGAUGGGACUUCUUCCUCCGUCUCUGACAUUGUGGUUCAGGAGAUUGUCCCACCCAGCUGUUACUGUAAAAAGGGAAAGAUUUCUACUGACUACAGCAUGUCCUCUACAUCAUCCAACAACAGCUCGAGCCUGUCUUAUCUUCCCAUGUUUCCUGAAGGGACAGCUUGGCAAUUCCAGAGCGAUAGUGGACCUGUUUCCUCCCAAAAGGAAGCAUCUAUGCCCAGGAGCCCUGGCACAUCCCUGCCUACUUCUCAGCUGACAGAUCCUGAGAAAUUAGAUCUUUCUCCGAAUUUGGCAGUUCUUCGUCCCUUCCAAGCUCAAACUUCCUUCAUUAGCUCUAUUUUAAAUUCCUUAGAUCCUUGGGAACAAGAGAAAACAAAAGAUAAGGGAAAGACUCAUUGUCAAUCAAAUCAUGGGUCAGAUUCUGAUUUGGAUGAGAGUCCAGGACCCCUAGUAUGGGCUCCACUCCAGCUCUCUCCUUUGAUCAGAGGAGAACUGGAAGGACAUAUGUCUCAGAAGGUUUCUACUUUGGGACAACAAGUGAUGCCUCUGCCUGUGAAGAAAUCCUGGAACAUACUCAAUCAUUUCAUGGAUGUACAAGGAGUCCCUGAAGAAGAGCUCCCGAAAACUCAGUUACCUACACUCAUCCCUCAGAGUGUUGAGCAAAAUACCAACACAUCUCCAGAUCCUCCAUCAUUUCAUCUCCACAUGAACAUUGGGGUGAAUUCUGAAGUCCAUAGGACGGAAGCAAUCAUUUCACAGCCAUUUCCCUCAAACAGGCAGUCACAACCCGAGGAUGACCGCCAAGAACUUUAGAUAGAAUCCUUUAGUUAUAUCAACGGGCACACCAUCUCCCAGAAAUUUAGGAGUUAACAUAAUUCAGGAAGAACAAGCUUUAGUGAAAAAGGAUUCAAAGCAUGUGUUAGAGCUGAAUAUAGAGCAGAGGGUCAUAGGUCUUCCAGAAAAAAAGGGUACAGACACAUAAGGCCCAAUUAACUAAUGUGGAGCUGACACCCAAGACACCACGUUCAGCCACUGACAGAAUAAAGGUCACUCCAUUGGCAUUGCUUCAGGUUAUGGACUUAAUGGCAGUAACCCCAGAAUCACAGUCGGAGCUGAUAGACUCUGUGGGGUUUUCCCCAGAGCCGCCAAAUCAAGCAGAAACAGUGAGUGUAACUUCUCAGCCAUUGAAACUAGUAGUUGAACCAAUAAAAGUAACCCAUCUUCAGCAUCAAACCACGGAAUUAAAGAGCAUGGCCUCAAGACUGAGUCAAGUCACAGAUGACCUGGAGGUAACUCCUGUGGCAUUGUUUCACGUCACGGAUUCCAUGGAGAUGAUUGACAAAUUAAGUCCACAUGGCAUAGAACCAGUAGGAGUAGCCCCACAGCCACAAUACCAAGUCAUGGAAUUAGUGAAGAUGGAUACAUUGCAUAACUAUCAAGCCAUAAGACCAGGAAGUAUGAGCACACCACUACAAAUUGUAGAGCCUCAAACCAAAGAGUCUCUGCAAUUGACUUCUGGGUUACAGGGUCAAGUUGAAGACUCCGUGGAGACUAUGCCACAACCUCAAGGCACAGAGUGUGUGUCACUGACUCCAAAGUCACAUCAUCAAAUAAUGGAAUCCAGGAAAACAAUCCCAGCACCACCAGAUCAAGGUGCAGUACCUAUAGGAAGGGGCCAAAAGCAUCAAGUUCCAGAAGCUGAAGUAGUGCCAGUCAUACCACUGCUACAGGAAAUGGAAUAUUUGGGGGGGGGGAGCACAAUCCCACAGCCUAAGGUGAGGGAUUCAAUGGACUUUCCCCCAGAACUAAAGAAUGUAAAAUCUGAGCACCUAAUCCCAGAUCCAAGAUUGCAAACUGUGAAAUCUGUGGACAUAACCAUAGAUUAGUCCCAGAAAUGGAAAAAUACGGACCACCAACCUCAACAGUGGUAUGUAUAGAUUUGGCCCCAGAACUGCAUCAGCAGAUCACACCAUACACAUACACAAUAUGAGGAAUUAACCCCCAUACCACAACUGCAAAGUGAGACAUCUGUGUCAUCGGCCCCUGAGUCUCAGUUUCGAGAUGUGAAAUCUGGCCAACUGACAGUUGAACCACAACACCAAACCAAACCAAAAAGUCUGCUGCACAGAUUUUUUGCAAAAUAAUAAAUCAGUACAUUGGAUCCCCGAUUAUCAGUCUCAAGGAAUGGAAGAAGCUCUUUCAGCCCUAUCACAGGACAUACAAGGAGAUAUAAAAAUGGUGGAGUUGACUCCAAGACCAUCACUUGAAGAUAUAAAAUCUGUGAACUUGGCCCCAUGUUCACAAAGCACCAGCUCUGAUAAGAUAGCCCCUGUACCAUUGCUUGAGGAUACAGAGACUCCAUUGGUAGAAGGUAGGAGUCUAAUUCCUGAGGCACUGGUGGAGAGUAUGGAAGUUGGUGAACUGAUCCCAAGCACACACUUUUAUGUAACAAAAUCUUUAGAAGCCACCCCCAAACCAAGUUAUCAUUUCCUAGAACCUAAAGGACUGACCCCAUGGGCAGCCAUGGGGUGGUCCGCCAGACAGACGCCAAAGACUAUGAGCACCAUGAAUUCCGUCAGGUUCACUCUGUAUCCGAGAGUGGCUUUGAAAGUAAUCAGGAAGAAAAAUGGUCGAAAUCAAGCCUCAAAAAGACCUUUGACUUAAACUAUCCAUUGAAGGAAACCAUCAAGGGACUUAAAACACAAAACACAAAGCUCUACAAAAAUAGUGAAACCCCGGAAGAGAGUCCUUUUAGAAUGAUGUGUCCAUCAAGAAGCAAGAGUAUUGAAACCGUUCAAACAAGCACUGUUUCUUCGAAGACACAACCUAAGAAAUCCUCUCAGCCCAAGUUCAUCCAGCUGCUUUUCCAGGGCCUAAGGCAGGCAUUCCAAAUAGCACAUAGAAUUGGGGCUUAUACUGGACAGAAGCCUGAGGACAGGACAAGGCCAGACAAUUUGAGGUCAACCAAAUACUUGCACCCUAAACAAAAAGCCAAGGGUUAUUGUUUAGCAGGAGAUAGCAAAGAAGCCAGCACACCAGUUGCCCAGCCAAGGUCAGCAGGUGUGAAGCCUAAGCAAGAGGACAGAUUGCAGGGAACAGGUGACCAAUGUAGACAGACUCAACAGCCAAAACAAGUGAGCUCUCUCCAACCCAGACCUUGGCAAUUGGAGACCAUGGCUUCGGAAAGAGAUGCCACUAUCCAUCUCUUUCAAACUUCCAACAUUUGAGUGUAGUUCAAAAUGUCAACGGCAUUUUGGCAGAGCAAAGAAAAACUAUGGUGAUGAAAUCUCCUAUCUGGAGUCUAAGAACUGUUCUCAUGUAGGAGCCAAAUUUCAGGCCCAAGAGAGAAUGGGACCUGACUCCCAUUUGAAGAGAUCCCUGAAGAGUCACUUUAAAGAGACACACACACCCAAGGAAGAACAACAUGGCUUCUUAGGGAGAGGGCCCUCCAUAAUAAGCCUUUUGAAAGGACCAAGCGCAUCCUUUGGGAGAGAAUUCAUGAAAGUCUCUCUGAGAAGAGAUACCACAGUCCUUCUCAGAGAAGGCAUAGCAGUCCCUCUGACAGAACCCUUAGACAUCUCUCUGAGAGGAGUCAUUGCAGUCCCUCCCCGAGACAGGAUAGUAGUCCCUCUGUGAGAACCCUUCAAAGUAUCUCUGACUGGAUCCAUUACAGUCUCUUUAAGGGGAUAGGUCGCAUUCCUUCAGGGAGGAGCCGACCCAGUCCUGGGAGACGCCCUAGGAGUCCCUCUAGGAGGUCUCUUAGUCCUCGAGAGAGAAGAGGACGAGAGAGAAGAGGACACAGUCCCUCAAAAAGGUGCCAUCUCAGUCCCAUCCGGAGGACACAGUGCAGUCCUUCAGAAAGGAGCCAUGGUAGUCUCUCUGAGAGAACCCCUUUCAGUCCCUCUGGCAGGAAAAGGCAUAAUUCUUCUGGGAGAGUCCACCACCUUCCCUCAGAGUCCAGGCUAUACAGGUCUUCUUCCAGACUCCACCGCAGUCAUUCUGAGAGAACUCACUACAGUCCCUCUGAGAAUAGACACAGUUAUUCUGAGAGGAGCCGGCAAGGUCACAACGAGGAGUCACAGUUACAGCAAGUAAAAACCUCUGCGUUAGCACUAGGGCUGCAGAAAACUAAAACUUUGAACAAAACUUCUGAGCCACAGCCUCAAGGGAUCAAAACUGAUCAGCUAAACAAAGAGACACAGGUAGAAAGAUCCAUCCAGUGGACACCAAGACCUGAUAUGUAUGUGACAUUUUUACAAUUCAAUAGUGGGUCACCAUCUCCAGGUGUCGAAUCUACAGAAGGGAAACCAUCCAUACAGCUGAGAGGUGGGAAGACAUCAGAGAUGGCUCUAGGGCCAAAACCUCAAGGAAAAAAUCCGUGGAUUUUAACCUUGAGCCACAAGUACAGUGUGUGAAGACCCUUGAGUUGUCCCCAGGACCAGAGCUACAAGAAGGGGAAAACAUCACAUCAACCUCAGAGCUACAGUCUCAGUGUGUGAAAAGUGUGCCAUUACUUCAGGGACCACAGCUUGAAAAUACAAAAUCUGAUCUUUGGAUACCACUGUCUGACUAUCAAGUUAAUAGCUCUACACUGAGUCUUAGGUUACCACCUCAGGAUGUCACAGCUAAAGAGUUAAAACCCUCAGUACAACUAGAUGUGAAGACAUCCGAUCAGUUGACUACGAGGCUGAAGUCACAAGGUAAACAACCUUCAGGGUCAACCCAGGAACAUCAGUCUCAGAGGUCCAAAAGUAUUGAUUUUAACUCUGAGCAACAGUUUAGAAAUACGAAAGCAUGUGACCCAAACUUAAGGUCAAAAUCAAUAAUAUAAAAUUGAUAUUGAAACCCAGGUUUUGCUUAGAAGACAGGAGCUCUCCUGGAUUAAACCCUGGAAUACAGCCACAAGCAGUGAAUCCCUUAGUGUCAUCCCCAGGAACACAGCCUCAAACUGUGACACCUUCAGUGUUUAAACAAGAGUCACAGUCCUCAGAAGUGAAAUACGGAGCAAUAAGCCAAAGGCCACAAUCACAAAACAAAGUAGAGUUGAAAUGUGGAAAAUCUUCUGAGCUGGCACUUCAGACAAAGCCUCGAGGUAUGAAAUCUGAGAAGAGCUCCGGGUCCCAGUGGCAACGUGCAAAAUGUUCUGACUUGACACCUGAAACAGAGUCCCCAAAUAUGAAAUGUACUAAUUUAAGUUGCAGCUCACAGAUGAAAGGUAAACCAUGUAUUGAGUUAGCUACGGGUACCAAAACUCAACGUGUCAAACUAGGCUGUAAACCUGGGCCACAGUGGCAAGGUAUAAAAUCUAACUCAUUUCUGAGGACAAAGCCUCAAGAAAUGGAAAUGGAAGACUGGGAACCAGGCCCGCAGUUACAAGAUCUGAAAUCUUCAAGGACAAUCAUGGGUAUAAAGGUCCAUGAUGACAUGUCUGUGGGCUUUGGUCCUGGACCACACUUACAAGGUAUGACCUCUGAAGUCAUUACAGGGAAGAGGGUUCAUGGUAUGAAAUCUGUAGAAAUCAAACCUAGUUCAAAGUUACAAGGUAAGAAACAUGAUUUCACCCCAGGAAGAUGUUCUUAGGUACAAAAUCUGUAGAGCUGGACUCAGGCCCCCCUUUACAAGAUUUGAAAUAUCCUGAGAUGAUCAUGGGCAUGAAACUUCAAGGUGUGAACUCUAUGGGACAACAUGUCACAAGUAUAAAAUCUUCUGAGGUGGUAACACAGAUAAAAUCCCGAGGUGUAAAAGCAGUGGACCUCAAUUCUGGACCACAGACACAAAAUAAAAAGCCGUCUGAGUUGGCUCAAGGGAAAAGGCUCCUAGCUAAGGAGUCUGUAGAGUUUAAUCAAGGCCCAAAGUUACAAGGUGUGACAGUGGAGUCCAAGCCCCCAAAUGGGGAAUCAGGGAAGUUAAACUCAGGCCCUCAGUUACAAGAUGAGAAGUAUUCUCAGUCAAUUCUGGGGACAAAGCUUCAAUAUGGAAGAUCUAUGGAGGUCAGUCCUGGCCUAUGCUCACAGGGUAUGAAGUCUUCCGAAGUGAUUUCAGAGGACAAACUUCAAAAAGGGAAACCCGUAGGCUUUGUGUAUCAGCCACUGUGGCAAGAUGUAAAAUCUUUAAAAAUGACAUUUGGUAAGGCAGGGAACCUUUGCAGUUGGAAACCGCUCAUUUACAGGACAGGAAAUUAACUAUGUUAACACCAGAAUUACACCUUCAAGGUAUGAAACCUGAGUCAGUCAACUGUGCAUCAAAGUGGAAAGGUGUGAAAUCUGAGCCCACAUAUAUCUACACAAUGAAGGAUACAGGGAUCAAUCAUGGUUCAGAAUCACAGUUUGUGGGAUUCUCUAAGCAGGCCUGACUCAAAGGUUUAUAGAGUAGUGCCUUCUGAACUCAAUGCCAGAAACCAGAAGCGAGAUCGGAAGUCUCACAAAUUAAGUCAAAAGCAACAACUUCAAAAAAUAAAACAGAUAGCGUUCAGGGAUGAGCCACAUUUGCAGCAUAUCAAGUCAUCAGAAUUAUGUACAAUUCUGAAAUCUAUGGAAUUCAAUUCAGAGCAACCGUUGCAAGAUGUGAUGUCCUCUGAGUUGGGCCUGGGAACAAGUCCUCAGUCUUUAGAGGGCAACCCUGGGCCACAUUUGCAAGAGAUAAUACCUUUUGAGGGGCUCACAGAAACUAAGCUGCCAGAUGAGCUGUCUCUAAAAUUCAAGCAUAAGCCUAGACUGCAAGGUAGGGCAUCCUGUGGCCCGAGUGCAGGGCCACAGAUUCACUGUAAAAAUUUUAUGGCAUCCAACACCAGAACACAAAAUGUAGAAUUGUCUGAGUCGCACCCUGUUCCAGACCUUCAAAGUAUAAAAUCUAAGGUGUUCUGCCUGGGGCAGAUCCACCUUUUAAGCACCCCUGAAGGCCACGGUGAGAUUCGGUUGCAUCUUGGUUUUAGACUGAGAACUGGGAAAAGACCUCAAGUCUCAAAGCAUCGUGGGAGAAAAAGAGCAGAUACAUGGAAGAGCACUACAUCACCAUCACGAAGGAAAGCUAAAAUCUAUCCUCCAGCUUCCAAGAGUCCAACUACUCCAAGAGAUUUCCAGGCCCGAUCUUCCCAAAAAGUGCACAAUAGAAAAAAGCAACGGGGGGCUGGAGAGAUGGCUCAGUGGUUAAGAGCACUAGCUGCUCUUCCAGAGGUCCUGAGUUCAAUUCCCAGCAACCACAUGGUGGCUCACAACCAUCUGUAACGAGAUCUGGUGCCCUCUUCUGGCCUGCAUGCAUGCAUGCAGACAGAACACUGUAUACAUAAUAAAUAAAUCUUAAAAAAAAAAAAAAAAAGAAAAAAAAGAAAAAAGCAACGGGGCAGCCAUGGGGUGGUCCGCCAGACAGACGCCAAAGACUCUGAGCACCAUGAAUUCCGUCAGGUUCACUCUGUAUCCGAGAGUGGCUUUGAAAGUAAUCAGGAAGAAAAAUGGUCGAAAUCAAGCCUCAAAAAGACCUUUGACUUAAACUAUCCAUUGAAGGAAACCAUCAAGGGACUUAAAACACAAAACACAAAGCUCUACAAAAAUAGUGAAACCCCGGAAGAGAGUCCUUUUAGAAUGAUGUGUCCAUCAAGAAGCAAGAGUAUUGAAACCAUUCAAACAAGCACUGUUUCUUCGAAGACACAACCUAAGAAAUCCUCUCAGCCCAAGUUCAUCCAGCUGCUUUUCCAGGGCCUAAGGCAGGCAUUCCAAAUAGCACAUAGAAUUGUGGCUUAUACUGGACAGAAGCCUGAGGACAGGACAAGGCCAGACAAUUUGAGGUCAACCAAAUACUUGCACCCUAAACAAAAAGCCAAGGGUUAUUGUUUAGCAGGAGAUAGCAAAGAAGCCAGCACACCAGUUGCCCAGCCAAGGUCAGCAGGUGUGAAGCCUAAGCAAGAGGACAGAUUGCAGGGAACAGGUGACCAAUGUAGACAGACUCAACAGCCAAAACAAGUGAGCUCUCUCCAACCCAGACCUUGGCAAUUGGAGACCAUGGCUUCGGAAAGAGAUGCCACUAUCCAUCUCUUUCAAACUUCCAACAUUUGAGUGUAGUUCAAAAUGUCAACGGCAUUUUGGCAGAGCAAAGAAAAACUAUGGUGAUGAAAUCUCCUAUCUGGAGUCUAAGAACUGUUCUCAUGUAGGAGCCAAAUUUCAGGCCCAAGAGAGAAUGGGACCUGACUCCCAUUUGAAGAGAUCCCUGAAGAGUCACUUUAAAGAGACACACACACCCAAGGAAGAACAACAUGGCUUCUUAGGGAGAAGGCCCUCCAUAAUAAGCCUUUUGAAAGGACUAAGCGCAUCCUUUGGGAGAGAAUUCAUGAAAGUCUCUCUGAGAAGAGAUACCACAGUCCUUCUCAGAGAAGGCAUAGCAGUCCCUCUGACAGAACCCUUAGACAUCUCUCUGAGAGGAGUCUUUGCAGUCCCUCCCCGAGACAGGAUAGUAGUCCCUCUGUGAGAACCCUUCAAAGUAUCUCUGACUGGAUCCAUUACAGUCUCUUUAAGGGGAUAGGUCGCAUUCCUUCAGGGAGGAGCCGACCCAGUCCUGGGAGACGCCCUAGGAGUCCCUCUAGGAGGUCUCUUAGUCCUCAAGAGAGAAGAGGACGAGAGAGAAGAGGACACAGUCCCUCAAAAAGGUGCCAUCUCAGUCCCAUCCGGAGGACACGGUGCAGUCCUUCAGAAAGGAGCCAUGGUAGUCUCUCUGAGAGGACCCCUUUCAGUCCCUCUGGCAGGAAAAGGCAUAAUUCUUCUGGGAGAGUCCACCACCUUCCCUCAGAGUCCAGGCUAUACAGGUCUUCUUCCAGACUCCACCGCAGUCAUUCUGAGAGAACUCACUACAGUCCCUCUGAGAAUAGACACAGUUAUUCUGAGAGGAGCCGGCAAGGUCACAACGAGGGACCCCAUCACAGUACCAAGGAGAGGCUCAGGGGACAGGGCUUUGAGAAUGGGCAAAGACGAAAGACGAAAGCUCCGGUAUUGUCAGCCCGCCUUCACACUGUGGAAAAAUAGGAUGGCACACGUUUCCUAAGAAGCGUCACCCACCUUCCUUCCAUUUGAAGUAGUUGCCCGUGAGAGCUUCCCUUCUAGGCACAAGGGGGAGUCAUCUCUUUGUGGAUGAGGUUCCAAGGUCCCUGGCACUCACUCGUGUGCUUGUGAUUUGCUAGACCCCGAGACCCACAGCCUUUAAGCCACAGAGGAGCACCAGGAUCGUGGGAGCUAAGAAAUUCAAACUGUUUGCCUGGGCCUGUGGACUACAGCCUAUUGGACAUUCCCAUGCAGUCAGACAGGCCAUUUCUGUGUGUGGUCACUGUUGGUGACAGGAGCAUAAAUAAUACCAAGGACAGAUCUCUGUACCUGAAGAUUUCUCAUGCUGAAGCUUCCUGUGGGUUAAAAUCUCAAGAACAAAAUUGUGGAGUCAAAGGGAAUAAUCGUUUUAGGACUCCAGUGAGUUAGAUAUACUCCAAAAGGGUGCAGUAGGUGAGAUGCCCACCAGGAGUACAUAGAGAUACUCAUUUUACUAUAUAAAAGGGCAGUAGGUUAGACACCCACCAGGAGUACAUGGAGAUACUCAUUUUACCAUAUAAAAGGGCAGUAGGAUAGACACCCACCAGGAGUACAUGGAGAUACUCAUUUUACCAUAUAAAAGGGCAGUAGGUUAGACACCCACCAGGAGUACAUGGAGAUACUCAUUUUACCAUAUAAAAGGGCAGUAGGUUAGACACCCACCAGGAGUAUGUGGAUAUAUUCAUUUUAUUCUGUAUUACCAUCACUGGAUGAAAAUCUCUGAAAACUGUUCUACAAAAGGUAUUUUUUAACGGUAUCAUUGAAAUUAAACCUCACCAUUUCCUUAAA